CUUUGCUAAUAAUGCUACACGUCUUUAUGCUCGCCUUUAUCGUCUUCGUUCGCGCUUCGUUUCAGUUCAGUUCUUAACUAAUUGAAAAGUUGGUGUCUUUUGACUGUGAAGUAAUUUUUUUUUUAUUAUUGUGCAUAAAUUAAAAAUGGAGUGAAUAUUGUGAAAUUUUUUAGUCCAUUCGGAACUGUGAAAUUGUCCUCGGCUGGUCAUUGAUGACGUAGAUUAUGUGACAUCAGGAUGUGUGAAAGUUGAUCAAUCAAAAAAAAAUAUUUUUUUUGUCGCUUGUUUGUGUGAAAAAAAGCAAAUAUUUUGUGUCACAUGCUGUGAAAGGAAUAAAGUCAUAAAAAUAAGAAGAAGACAAUUUCUUACAAUUGAUAGAUUUUUGUGGCAUUUAAAAAUAAUUUUUUGAACUUAAAAAAGUCAGGUCUUCCGUCAUUGAAAGACUAUUCCAAUAAGAAUUCAACUUUCUAAUUCAAAAAUCUCAUAAAAAACCCAACUCAAUCCUUAUCAAUCUCUUCUUCCUCUAUCCCCAAUCUAUUCUUCUUUCAUCAUCCACCCGAAAACUCAAAAAAGUUUGUAUAUGAUUGUGAUAAACAAAACCCCACGUGUGAUAGAAAAUUCAUCAGAACUUUCAAUGGAAUCGGGUGAUAGUAAUGAUUGUGAGACAUCACAAAAUAAUCGUGCAGAAGAGAUGGCAGCAGCUGCAGCUGUCGUCUUAUCCCUGCAAAGUACAAUGGUGACAAGUCUACAGCAAGCUGCAAUGCUGCCUAUUAAUUCACCAGCAGCAACAGCCUUGAAUUUACAAGCAUUGGAAUCUUAUUUCACCUUACAACGACUUUCAUGCAAGUCGGAUGUAUUAAGAUUGACAUCGGGGAAUAGUGGUGGGCCAUUGCCAUCGCUUCAUCAUUUUGCCGCUGUAGCGUCUGCUAAUAAUCAAUCAACGCUAAAUGAAUUGUCAACAAUCAAGACGAGUGACUUGGUUGAUGAUGAAGACGAAGAAAUGCCAAUGAUGAUGACCGCAGACGAUGAUGAGAAUGAUGAUGACUUGGCGGUUGAGGCAAAUUUACCGUCGGAUGAUUUUUCAUUAGAUAACAACUUGCCAAGCUUAUUGAUGAGCUCAUCGUUCCGACAAAAAUUCAAUCAAGAAUUAAUGAAUAAGAAGACGACAGAAAUGUUAUUAAAGAAGGCAUCAUCGUCAUGUUCAUCGUCAACGUCAACAACAGGUGCCUUAAUGGCAGACGCAGCAGCUAAAAUACAACAAUGCAAUACGUCAUCGAAUGUCGUUGCGGCUCCUGGUGGUGCCACACAAAGACCAAAAAAGCAAUUUAUAUGCAAAUUUUGCAAUCGACAAUUUACAAAGUCGUACAAUUUAUUGAUACAUGAGCGAACGCACACUGACGAACGUCCUUAUUCCUGCGAUAUUUGUGGAAAGGCAUUUAGACGUGCUGAUCAUCUUAGAGAUCACCGAUAUAUUCAUUCCAAAGAGAAACCAUUUAAGUGCAGUGAUUGCGGAAAAGGAUUCUGUCAAUCACGAACACUAGCCGUACACAAAAUUCUUCAUAUGGAGGAAUCGCCACACAAAUGUCCCGUCUGCAAUCGUAGCUUCAAUCAACGUUCUAAUCUAAAAACACAUUUGCUCACUCACACCGACAUAAAGCCGUAUCAUUGCAGUUGCGGUAAAGUAUUUCGACGCAAUUGCGAUCUAAGACGGCACAGCUUAACGCAUAAUCUAGGUGGUAAUAGUAAUAGUAGUAGUAGUAGUAAUAACAUUAGUAAUAGUUCGACAAAUAAUAGUAACAAAUCACCAAGAUCGUUAUCAUCAUUAACCGGAUCAUCUGCAACGUCAUCAUCGACUGCAGUUAACUCAUCAAAUAAUAAUAACAAUAAUAAAUUUAAUAUUGAUUUAAUAGCAGCUGUUGAAUGAGAAUUAGUUGUGCAUUCUAUUUUUUUUAAAAAAACCUUACACAAGGCAUUUUUUGUAUCUCUUUAUAUUCCGACUUUAUUGAGUUGUUGAUUACUGUUGUGUGAACUUUAUUGAUUGCCUUUUGGGGCAUUUUGUCAGAAUUUUUUUGAGGUUAUGGUUAAGAUUGUGAGGUCUAGGUUUGUUUUGGUAAAUUAAGGAAACAAUUUAUGAUUAUACAAACUAUUUAGUUGAUCAAUGUGAUCAUUGGUUAAGAGUUAAAGUUAAAUCGUAUAGUUAGAGUUAUGAUACUACAAAAAAGUAAUUUUCAAAACCUAGUUUUCGAAAAUCUAACCUCAAAAACCUUAAAACGCAAAAAAUCACCAACACAUGGGCAAAACCUCCAAACCUCAAUUAGCCAAAAUCCAACAAAGAUUCACAAAAAAAUUCUGACAAAAUUCCACUCAAGGAACACAGCAUGAUUAUGAUGUGCUCAACAUUAUACACAGGAAAAAAAAAUACAAAUAAUUAUAAUAAUGUUUUUAUUUUUAUAUUAAGUAAGAUAACAAGAGAAAAAGAACAUUGAUGAGACUUUUUUGUGGUACGUAAAUUGAACAAGAAGAAUUGAAAUGAAUUAAGAAGAGAUGAAAAAGAAGAAGCUAAUAUAAACUUAGUUAUGAGGAUUAAUAUGAGCUUAUUUAUUGUUGAGAUAUUAGUGUGAUUAUUUGCAAUCGGGAUGGUAUGUUGGGGAUUUAUAAACGAAAUAGGAAGGUUUCAUUAAGGCAUACUAGCUGGGCAACUUCCUUUCCUUCAAAAGCAUGAGAAACUAGGCUAUCUUCUAGACUAUGAUUUAUACUCUGAAUCAGCGAUGGUCAACCCAUGUGCCACGAAAAAAAAUCGAA